CAGUACUCUCAGACCCCGCCUCUUAGUUUGCUUGAAGUUAUCCGAAAGUGACAGUACAAGACGAAAGAUGCUCACUGCCGCGACUGUCUUUGCCCUUCGAAUCCGUGGAGCUGGCACUGUUCCCUAGAUGCUCAACCUCUGGACGCACAGGAAUCUAUUGUCAAAUUCAUCGAGGAUAUACUUUCGCUCAAGAACACAAAUCAUAUAUUCCCUUCGCCAUCACUGUGCAAUGCAUUCUCAAGCCACCAUGGAUCGACCUCACCAAAGCGAGUCUGCCUCAGGCAGAAGCUCCUUAAACCCCGUUCAAAAUCAACCAAGUGUCAAACCAGAUGGGUGUAGAGAGACAGUGGUUCUCAAGGUCGGCCCGCAUAAAUUCGGCGAGUUUCUACAGACGGCCGAUGUAAGAUCGAGACUCAAAACAUGGACAGUGGAUAGCGACAACUCCGACACUAUGCGGCACAUGGAGACUGCGGCAAAGGCUAUACGUGAUGGUAACUAUCCAGUUGCCUUCCCAACAGAAACAGUAUACGGCCUGGGCGCAAACGCAAGAGACGGCAGAGCAGUCCAAGGGAUUUACAAAGCGAAAGGUAGGCCGUCAGAUAAUCCUCUGAUUGUCCAUAUAUCCGACCUUGACAUGUACACGGAAAUGGCGAAAGGCUUGAUAAUGUCACAAGAGACGAGCCUUUAUGUGGCUCGCUACAACGAGCUUAUAAAUAAGUUCUGGCCGGGUCCGCUCACUCUACUUUUCCCGAAACCGCCGAAUUACCUCGCUCCGGAAGUCACUGCUGGACUGGACACGGUUGGCCUACGUAUGCCUGAUUCUGCUCUUGCGCGGACCCUAAUCAAGUUGUCUGGCGUUCCGGUCGCAGCUCCAUCAGCAAACUCGUCAACUAAGCCGUCCCCGACUGCUGCGAAGCACGUAUUCCAUGACUUGAAUGGGAAGAUCCAGUAUAUCUUGGAUGGCGGGCCUUGCAACAUUGGUGUCGAGAGCACAGUGGUUGAUGGACUUCGAGAUCCACCGCUUAUCCUUCGCCCCGGUGGACUCAGCAUCGAUGAUAUCAGAGAGUGCCCUGGGUGGGAGAACGUACAAAAAGGCUAUAAAGAUGAGAGCGAAAUCGGAGGGUCUGCGCCCCGUGCUCCUGGUAUGAAGUAUAAGCAUUAUAGCCCGAACGCCACAGUUAUAUUGUGCGAAGACGGGUUUUCCCCAACUCCACAAUCAACACCUGGCAUGAAGUUUCUUGAUCUAGGCCACAUAAAGAAAUCCGGUGACGAACAGCAGUCAGAAAAAGAUGAAUCCGCUACAGAGGCUCCACCCACUAACCUCAACGUUGGCAUACUACGUACCAAGCACUGGAAUAAAUGGCUGGGUUGGGAAGGAAAUCUGGGCGGAGAAGGCACCAGAAUUUUAGAGCACUAUAAGAACGGGACGGCCACAAUCAAUGGUCAGGCGGAAUUGGACUACUCUACAGCUAAACUGUUUCACUGCGAUGGUGCAGAUUCUUUCUGUAUCAAACUUGUGGAUGUUCAUCUUGGCCGCGAUACCCAAACAAUAGCAAGUGGAUUGUUUGCCGCGCUUAGGGAGAUGGACAAGCGCGGCGUGGAUGUUAUCUUUGUUGAAGGAAUCGAAGAAGAUGGCGGUGGUAUCGCAGCGGCGGUUAUGAAUCGAGCGAGGAAGGCUGCGUCGGAGCGAUGGGGGCAAAACGAGAAAGGAAUAACGAAACAUAUUAACUGAUUGGGAUAGAAUUGAGGAUGCUCACAUGGACAUGAUAGAGGAUACGGCGUUGAUUACAUGCGGCUCAUAUUCUUGUUUUAGGAAGUCAUUUGCACCUAUGGGUGCUGGCGUUUUGAAUGUUUUUAGAUGAUAUCACUUGAAAAUGUAAUUGAGAGUCAAGUUGACAGAAUUAAAAUGUUGGCUACAAUAUAGGCCUGCCGAUGAUUAAAACCAAGCUUUGAUAUCGGGAAAACCAUGAG